UUCAAAUGGCAUCCAGCGCCAAUCAGGACACCCGUGUUUCCUUAGGUAUUUGAUUUAAGAAGUGCCCGGCAGCCAAUGGCACCUCGGGUCACCAACCGCUUGGUUCAAUCGGAAGAGGCUACAGGGGAAACAAGUCGUCGCCAGGGAGGAGCCAUGGCCGCCAGGAACUUCUUACUCCGAUCCCCCAAGGAGGAGGAAUCCAGCGCCGCCAUCCGAGAGGCUGUCUUGUUGGGAGGGAAGAACGCCGCCAUUGCUGGCACCGUGGUUGCGGUUCCCACGUUCGUCGCUUGCCGCGUCCUUCCUUGGGCUAAGCAUAAUCUGAACUACACCGCGCAAGCGCUCAUCAUAUCGACAGCCUGUGUCGCCGGCUUCUUCAUCACCGCGGAUAAAACCAUUCUGCGAAACGCAAGACAAAACACAAUCGGGAGGAUCGACGAGUCGACUUGAUCCAGGACUGUACAGGAUCGCAGGCCCUGCUGCAUGAGGACACGUCAAAUUUCUGUUUCAGUUUUUCGGCACCUCGGCACCUCGCAGUGUAAGGAAGACUGGUGAGAGCUGUUGCUUUCUAGGGCAGUCGAUCCCGUUUGCUGCCAGUUGAAAGUGGAAUAAAAGAUGGAAUGUUUUCCUUGUGCCCAUGUGGAGUGUUAAGUUUUCUUUGUUGAAAAAAAAUGUGAAGUGUUAAGGAUGGUGCGGCGUAAUGUACUUGGACAGGUUUUGAAAGGGGCAGUACCAGUGGCGUAGCUAGCUCGAUGAGUCAGGGUGGUCCAAUAAUAAAAAUUUCAUGUAAUUUUAUGCAUUGUAAAAAAUAUAUAUCUUUUUUCCAUCAUA